AUGGAGGAGGCGAAGAGAGGGCCGAAGAGCCGGCGGCGGGUCGAGUGCGGCCUCAUCGAGAAGGAGAGCGCGCGCGAGGUCACCUUCUCCAAGCGCCACCAGGGCCUCUUCCGCAAGGCGGCCGAGCUCUCCAUCCUCUGCGGCGCCGAGGUUGCCGUCAUCGCCUACUCGCCCCACGACAACCCCUUCGCCUUCGCCCACCCGUCCACCCCGGACGCCCUCGUCGCCCACUACCUCUCCGGCGGGGCGACCCGGCCCACCGCAUCCGAAGCGGCCACCGCGCACGGGAAGCUCGAAGAGGACGCGGUCGCGAAGCUCCAAGAGGCCAAGAGAGAGGCGGAGAAGAUGGCGGCGGAGCCCGGGAAGAGGAACCGGUGGUGGGAAGAGGCGGCUGCGGACGGCGUGAGCGUGGAAGAGCUGGAGCAGUACGUGGCGUCGCUGGAGCGUGUAAGGAAGUCGGUCGCCGAUAGGGUCGGACAAUGCGAUGAUUCGGAUUUCUACGACCGAUUGCUAGCGACGGACAUGGGCAUAGGUAUGGACUUGGAUGCCGCGUUUCUCGCUGAAUUGCAGUAUUCUUGUUAA